AUGGCCUCUCUAUCGGACGAGACUUUGCGUAGAAUAUUACAACAAAUACAAGCGACCGCAGUCAACUCACAGCGUGCUCUAUCCGCAACGAAGGCUACUGCAGCAACUAAGGAGCGCGAACGGAAAAUCUUACAACUUACGAUGGACGAAAUAAGUUCCUUGGAUAAUGAUGUUAAUCUAUACAAAGGAGUUGGGAAAAUGUUUAUGCUCACCCCACGAGAUACGAUGGAGAAGGAGCUUAAAUCUCAAGAGAAGGAGCUUAACGAUGACAUUAACAACUUGAAUAAGAAAGCAAAGUAUCUGGAAAAGCAGUUCAACGAAGCAUCGGCUCAGCUCAAAGAUAUUUUCAAUAGUGCUCCGAAGAGCUAA